GAUCUAUACGGUGACGUUUCGAAGCUCGGGUUUGGCCUUUGGUGACGACCGACGAAGAAUCAUAUUCGUCUCUAUAAACUUCUCUCAUCUUCAUCCCUCCCUUAGUCUUUACGCUCGACGCAGCAGAAGCAGAAUCCAAAAGUAUCUGUUUUUUUACUUAGGCACAACACAGUAAUAAGAAACCAUGCCGAAGAACAAGGGAAAGGGAGGAAAGAACAGAAAGAGAGGAAAGAAUGAAGCAGAUGAUGAGAAGCGUGAACUUGUGUUCAAGGAAGAUGGGCAAGAGUAUGCUCAAGUGCUUCGGAUGCUAGGCAAUGGUCGGUGUGAAGCCAUGUGCAUAGAUGGCACAAAGCGCCUUUGCCACAUCCGUGGUAAGAUGCACAAGAAGGUUUGGAUUGCUGCCGGUGAUAUAAUUCUUCUCGGGCUUCGUGAGUAUCAGGAUGACAAGGCUGAUGUAAUCCUCAAGUACAUGCCUGAUGAAGCAAGGCUCUUGAAAGCAUAUGGUGAGCUCCCAGAGAACACACGUCUCAAUGAAGGCAUUGUUGACGAGGAGGACGAUGGAGGUGCAGAUGAUUAUGUCGAAUUCGAAGAUGAAGAUAUAGACAAGAUCUAGGGUGUUGGAUUUGAUGAUGUUUGAAUAAUGUAUUUAAGUUAUCCAUAAGCAUAAGCUUGCAUGUCAUUCUUAGAUGUAUGUUGUUAAUUUUAAGUGUGUUCCAUAUCUCAUGAUUACUUUUACAGAAGUGAUAAUGAAAUUUAAGCUUUAUAUGA